AUCGCUUCUUGGCUUCGAAUACCCCACAUACUACCUUAUACACCCAAACUAUACCCACCUUUAAUCUGUCCUUCUAUCAAAUAUGCGCGUCAUCACAGCACUCCUUGUUUCCUUCGCCGCGUCGGCCUUCUCAUACAAGCUACUUACGCCAGGCGAUACCAACGGUUGGACGAGCACAGGGCCACAAACCGUGACCUGGCAGCGUGUUAAAACGGACCCCGCCAAGUUCAACCUUGUUCUAGUCAACGAUGAUGCGGAAUCCAUGCCCACUCCCAAAGUCAUUGCCACCAAUGUUGACGGCACGCAGGGCAAAACUACCAUCAACGCUCCAGACGGUGGCUGGCCGGCCGUAGGGGACGGGUAUCGGAUCAACAUGGUGCAAGAAGACGAUAGCAUUCUCGCCCAGUCUCCAAAGUUCACGAUUAAGCAAGGAGCGAAAUUAGCGACAGUAGCGUCAGCCACCUCCACGACGUCUUCUAAGCAAGUUGACAAUGGAGCUACGAGCAGCUUCCCGACAGCGCAGCCGACUGACGAAACAGACGAAGCGACGCCUACUACGCAAAGCAAUGACGGCGGGGCUAUAAGGAUACAUGUUGAAGUCCUGGCAGUGACUUUAUUGGCUAUUUUCUUCCUAGUAUAGCGUGAUUCACUCGUAUUUGCUGGUUGCGUGAAAUCCGAUGUACAUUCUAGACUUAUACUGUAAUAUCGACAAUUGUCCAAAAACAGACCUUACG